AUGGAAUCCAACCCAGAUUCAACGGCCUUAGCCCAGCAAGUUCAAGCCCUGGCAGCCACCAUCGAGGAACUCACCAGGCAGAACCAGGAAAUGAAGCUGCGGCUCCAGCAGGUCCAACAAGCUCAACAGGAAGAAAACCGGUCCAAGGGUAACACGGAGGGAGAGGGGGAUAGCCAACAGAGGGAAACCCCCCGGAGACCAACUACUCCGGACGAACAAAACUCAGAUCUUCUUCGGGAAAUGAGGAAAGAGAUGGACGAACUAAGGAGCGCCAUCAAGGAAAAGACAGACCGGAGUGUAGACAAGAUGAAAGGAGAAUAUAGCAAGUUCAGAGACGACAACAGGACCCAAAAAGAAUCCUUCAAUCGGGAUGACGACCAUACAUCCCAACCUCCACGCAAGGUGAUCGGGGAGAUAAACACGAUCACGGGAGGACCAUUCUCAGGAGGGUCAUUCAGAUCGCUUAGAAAAGCAUGCUACAGACAGGUAAACAGCGUCCACGCCAUUCCUCCGUCCAAGUACCAACGAACGUACCAAGAUAUGUCCUUUAAUGAAGGAGACGCCAGGGGAGUGAAACAGCCUCACAACGAUCCCCUGGUCAUAGUACUGAAUAUAGAAGGGUUCAAUACCAGAAGGAUCCUUGUUGAUAACGGAAGCUCAGCGGAUAUCAUCUACCUCCCAGCCUUCCAGCAGUUGAAGUUAGAUCCAAAAAGGCUCCGUCCUUUUGACUCUCCGCUGGUCAGUUUCAGUGGAGACAGGGUCUACCCCAGGGGUAUAGUGACUCUGACGGUGACAGUAGGAACCUACCCGUUGCAGCUGACCAAACAAGUAGAUUUCCUGGUUGUAGAUUGCCCCUCAUCUUACAAUGUCAUCAUUGGGAGGCCUACCCUAAACAAGUGGAAGGCAGCAACGUCCACAUAUUGUUUGAAGGUGAAAUUCCCAACAGACGAUGGUGUAGGUGAGGUGAAGGGUGAUCAGGUCCUGGCAAGGGAGUGCUACCAGGCCGUACUGGCAAGAAAGGAGAACCACACGUGGACGAUAGAAGAAAAAGAGGAAGACGGAGUGGAGACCCUGGAAGCAGUGGAGUUGGUAGAAGGAAAUGCGGACAGGACAACCAGGAUAGGGACGACGCUAAGCCCUGAGAUGAGAACGAGACUUAUAAAGUUCCUUAAAGGGAAUCUUGAUGUCUUUGCAUGGAGUCACGAAGACAUGCCAGGCAUUUCUCCAGAGAUCAUCCAGCAUAGACUGAAUGUGGACGCCAACAGGAAGCCCGUUCAGCAACGACGAAGAACUUUCGCUCCAGAGCGAGAUCAAGCAGUAGCAGAAGAGGUAACCAAACUCUUGACGGCUGGAUUCAUCUGGGAGGUAUACUACCCAGAAUGGCUCGCCAACGUCGUCCUGGUGAAGAAACCAAACGGAAAGUGGAGAAUGUGUGUAGACUUCACUGACUUGAAUAAAGCAUGCCCAAAGGACAGCUUCCCUCUACCAAGGAUAGACCAGCUCGUGGACUCUACCGCUGGACACAAGUUGUUGACGUUCAUGGACGCCUUUUCAGGGUACAACCAGAUAAAGAUGGCUGAAGAAGACCAGGAGAAGACCGCCUUCAUCACCAGCCAGGGACUCUAUUGUUAUAAGGUGAUGCCUUUUGGGUUGAAAAAUGCUGGAGCUACAUAUCAGAGGUUGGUAAACAAAAUGUUCAACCAACAAAUUGGCAGAAACAUGGAGGUAUAUGUAGACGAUAUGCUCGUCAAAAGUAAGGAAGAGCUCGCUCAUCUGGACGACCUGGAGGAGACUUUUACAACCCUGAGAAAACACCGGAUGAAGCUGAAUCCUAGCAAAUGUGUUUUUGGGGUAGCCUCGGGAAAAUUCCUGGGAUUCAUGGUGUCCCAGAGAGGAAUAGAAGCCAAUCCAGAAAAAGUACAAGCUAUCAUUGACAUGGUUCCACCCAAGACCGUCAAGGAUGUACAAAAACUUACGGGAAGGAUAGCAGCUCUAAACAGGUUCGUCUCUAGGGCCACAGACAAAUGCUUGCCCUUUUUCAAAACUCUCAAGCAGGCCUUUGCUUGGACUGACGAGUGCGAAGCAGCGUUCCAAGAGUUGAAGCGAUAUCUGAGCAGUCCACCUCUCCUGAGCCCGUCCAAAGGAGGGGAGAACCUAUAUUUGUACCUGGCAGUAUCAGCCUCGGCAGUCAGCGCAGCCUUGAUUAGAGAGGAAGGCAAGAAGCAACUCCCGGUGUACUACGUCAGCCAGGCCUUUCAAGGAGCUGAGUUCAGGUACCCAAGAAUUGAAAAGAUUGCGUUCGCGCUUAUAGUAGCCUCGCGCAAGCUCAGACCCCAAUUUGACAUCGAGUACCAUCCAAGAGUAGCCAUCAAGGCACAAGCUCUGGCUGACUUCAUCGCCGAAUUCACUCUUCCAGACGAAGAAGGAACUACUGACGAAGUUGAUAAAUGGACAAUACAGACAGAUGGUUCGUCGGCCCAAAAGAGGGGGGGAGUAGGGGUCGUCAUAACUACCCCCGACGGAGAAGUGAUGAAGUAUGGAGUUCAACUGGAAUUCCCAGCCACCAAUAAUGAAGCCGAAUAUGAAGGAAUAUUGACGGCCUUGAGGCUUGGAAAAGCUCUUGGUGCCAAAAAUUUGCUGGUCCAGAGUGAUUCAAAGCUGGUGAUCGGGCAGAUCAAUGGAGAGUAUGAGGCAAAGGAGGAAAGGAUGCAGAAAUACCUUAAAUUGACGAGGAUUUUAAUUCAGGAGUUCGACACAGUGGAUUUCGUCCAGAUACCAAGAAACCAGAAUAUUGAAGCUGACGAAGUGUCGAAACUAGCGUCGUCAGAAUCAGGAAUGAAAAGCGCAGACGUGGCAAUAGAAAUUCAGAAAUGCCCAAGUAUUGAGGAGGUGGCAGUACUCACCACCCAGAGCACAAACACCUGGAUGACGCCCUUGAUAUCCUUCCUCCGAGACGGACACUUACCCCAGAAUACUGACGAAGCCAGAAAGGUCAAAAAGAGAGCAGCCAGGUUCACGAUCCUAAAUGACGUCUUGUACAAAAGAGGCUUCUCUAUGCCCUACCUGAAGUGCGUCGACGAGGACGAGGCUAAAUACAUCCUAGAAGAAGUACACGGAGGAGUCUGUGGCGACCAUGCCGGCCCCAGAUCCCUAGUAAACAAGGUGAUAAGAGCAGGGUACUUUUGGCCAACCAUGCAGGGGGAUGCUGCUAACCUCGUCAGAAGAUGCAGCAGAUGCCAGCGGUACGGAAAUGUCCAACGGCUUCCAGCAGAGAAGAUGACGACCAUAUCCUCCCCAUGGCCAUUCGCGCAAUGGGGAAUCGACAUCGUCGGUCCUCUGCCCCAAGGUAAAGGUCAGGCAGUACAGGUCAACCAUGAGGCCUAUAAAUCAUUAAGUAACAAGAUUCCGCCUUGA